AUGGCUGAUUGUGUUUCGUUUUCGUUAGUUCAACCGAGAACCUGUCCAUCCGGAUGGUAUUAUCAAUAUGGAUCAUCUUGCUACAAAUUUAGCUCUGAAAUGGUCUCUUGGUAUGAAGCAGUGAGGCGAUGUAAAAGUCUUGGAGGAUUUUUGGUGAAAAUAGGUGAUGCCGAUGAACAAAGUUUCUUAACGGAUAGAAUCAACAGCAGUAGAAAAAUAAAGGCACUUUGGAUUGGACUUCAUGAUCUUGAUGAUGAAAAUGACUUCAAAUGGGAGCAUGAUAAUACACCUGCCAACUUCUCUCACUGGAAUAAGGGUGAACCUGAUAAUUCUGGUGAUGGGGAAGACUGUGUUGCAGUCUCUGGGAUUUUCUUGUACAUGUACAGUCAACUAUACCCUCCCGGCCGAUGGAAGGAUAUGGACUGUGACAAGAGUGCCCCUUACAUUUGCGAGAAAAAUAUUAAGCCAGCAACAGUCGCAGCACCGGAUAUCAUGGCCAAAACACCUACCCUUGCAAUCAAAACGCAGAAAAACGAGGCCAUGAGUUCUGUAGCCCUUAUUUACAGCUUGGCUGGUGCUACCUUUGUAGUGAUACUCGUGCUGUGCUGCAUUAUGGGACUUCGCUGCUACAAAAGUAAAAGACACGCUAGGUUAAAAAGACAUGUUCAGCGUCCUUUCCGCGAGAUUAUUCCUCUUGACAAGUGGGAAAUUCUUCCCAAGCAGGUGCAUUAUGAGGAGGAACUGGGCCGAGGUGCAUUUGGUGUGGUUUACAAAGCAACUCUUACGAGAAGAGCUGGAAUAGAAGUGUUUGAAACAAGAGAAAGACUAAAGCCAGAAAAACAAUGUCAAGUUGUUGCGGUAAAAGUAUUGCAGGGUGAUCCAAGCGAUGAGCAAAGAGAAGCUUUCCUUCAUGAAAUAUUACAAAUGAAGCUGUUGGGUUCGCAUCAGAAUAUCGUGUCUUUGGUCGGAUGCUGCACACUGAAGGACACCAAGUUUCUGGUGAUAGAGUAUGUUCCGUAUGGUGAUCUCUUACAAUGGUUACGGCAAAAGAGGCGAUCGGUAAAUAAAAAUCAAGCACUCAGAGGAAAGGAGGCGGAAAAGUUUUAUGAAGAUAGAGACACUCCGAUUGAUGAGUUGAAAAGAUGCGAAACUAGUCGAAAAAGUUGUGACAGUGCUGUAAAUCAGGAAAAUAUCGAAUUGAUGUCAAUGCCAUCCAGUCCAGGUUACUAUAACCACGCUGCUACUGGUUCCCCAGUUAUAGGAAAAAUUUUUCGUUCAAGACUUCACGACCGAGAGAAAUCUGAUCAAGACGCGAGAUUGCGAAACCUGUGA